AUGAAGUACUCCAGUUACGCCACCCUCGGAAUGCUGGGCUCUGCCCUUGCAUUGCCUACCCCUCCCGAGUCAUCUUGUCCAUCACCGGCAUCUGCACUCGCUACCCCGGGGACUCCCCCAGGCGUUCCAGGUUUUCCAGGCUUUCCAGGCUUUCCAAGCUUUCCAGGCUUUCCCGGCUUUCCGGGCUUUCAGGGCUUUGCGGGUUUCCCAGGCCUUCCCGGAUUCCAAGCACCUGCCACUACCAGCGACGAGAAAUCUGCUGUGAGUCACAGUCUGCCUGGGGUUGGUGGUUUUGGUGGCUUCCCGAGUGCAUUUGGCUUUCCAGGCUUUGGCGGUCUUCCGACCAGUUCAGGCAUUGUCAACGCCCCAAGGUCCGAUGCCUGCUCAUCACCUUCCGCUGCUGCCGGUGGCGAAGGCCGCUCUACCGAUGCCACUCAAGCCGCUGAUUCGAAGGCGGACCCGCCAGCUGGAGCACAGUCGGGCUUUCCUGGGUUCCCUGGAUUCGCAGGGUUUCCGGGCCAAGGUGCCGCAUCCUCUGGUGGGGUGAGCUUCCCCGGAUUUCCUGGCUUUGGAGCUCAGGGCGGCGCACCGUUCAGCACUCCUGGUGGCUUUGGUUUUCCAGGAUUCCCAAGUUUUCCAUCCCAAGGAGUUGCGCCAUCCAGUACUGGUGGCUCCUUUGCGUUCCCUGGAUUCCCCAACUUCCCAACCCAGGGCAGCGCACCCUCCACCGCCGCCGCUCCUCAAGGCUUCCCAGCUGUUCCCGGCAUGGCCGGUUCAAAUCCCUCGUUGACCCCCGAGACUGCUACCGACCCCGCCUCCGCGCCGGCAACCCCCCUAGUCCCCGGCGCGCAACGCGCAGCGGCACUCCCAUCCACAGCGGCCGCCGAAGCAGCCACGACAACCACAUCUAGCUCAGGAACACCCGCACCAACGGGCAUCCCGGGCUUUCCUGGUCCUAUUGCUGUCCCCCCUGGUCUUUCGGGCGCCGCGGGCCUUCCGGACUUCUUAGGCUUCCCUGGUGUCCUGCCCGGUGCCGAUGGUGCACUGCCCACGCCUGCAGCGGCCGCCGAGGAGCCGGCGGUGGCUGCGAAUGGCUUCACCGGUCUGGGCGGUAUUCCUGUCCCGUCUGCUGGUGCGAACCUGCCGUUGCCCAGUAGUACGCUUGACUCUGGCGAGAACUAG